UUCAGCAAGUAUGGGUGGCAAUCGAUAUUCUGUGAACUCGGAGACAAGGAAUCCCUGGAACAAGCCCUGUGUAUAGGACCUUGUGAAGAUAUUUAUUUUCUGAUGGAUUCAGUGUUAGGAUGUAUGCAGGGCUGUGAGAGGAAGUGAUUAGGGUGGUUGACGGGCCACCUUGACCAAAUAUCUUUGAUCAGCCUUAAGUUUAUAUUUAUCAGUGGAUUUCAUCAAUAUGGGCACUGUAAUGUCGUUCACGCCUAAACCCAGAAAACCUCUCUAUGAGGACUUUCAUUUACAGAACUUCGGAUACGAAAUUCUGAACAAUGCUAAGAAUACACAGUCUUCUCAAACGCGGGAAAAGAUGUACAAGAAGCACACGGUGUUUCUGAGUGGACUUAGCUGGAAAAAAUUCUCGGUGAACGGGAGUAAGAAAAAAGACAAGAACUUCCUUCUACGAUCCAACGCUUCCAUUGUGCCGGGUAAACUUGACAAUAACUCGAACAUUGAUCACCUGAACAGAAACAUCCCAAAGUCACUGUCGCUCUACGACAUCAAACCGGGAACCGUCGAGAAUGUCCCACCGAGGAAAACGUCCGAGAAAUCCGAGAAGAUCACCACCAGUCCCGCCAAACGCACCAUCAUCCAAGCCUCCACCUCGGAACUCCUCAAGUGUUUAGGGGAGUACCUGUGCAAGAAAUGUAGAAAGAUAAAGACUUUCGAGGGUUGUGACCUCAUCAUGUGGCUGCGGACGGUGGACCGAUCCUUGCUCCUACAGGGCUGGCAGGAUGUAGGAUUCAUCAAUCCUGCCAAUGUCGUGUUCGUCUUCAUGUUGGUUCGGGACAGCAGCCACGCUGACCUGGUAACAGAGCAGGACCUGCAGGCCAUGGUGCUCACGUGCCUGUACCUGUCCUACAGCUACAUGGGUAACGAGAUCAGCUACCCACUGAAACCCUUCCUAGUGGAGACAGACAAAGAUAGGUUUUGGGACCGAUGUCUUUCCAUUGUGAACAAACAGAGCAGCAACAUGCUGCGGAUAAACAGUGAUCCGGGCUUUUUCACGGAGAUCUUUGCUGAACUCAAGUCUUACUCACCGUGUAUAUAACUUCAAAGUCAGGCAACGUUUCUCUUUCAUGUAUUUAUAAAUAUAGUCCCUGCGAUGAGAGAUCGACUCGAACAAGAUUUUGACCUAUAGAUGCGAGAUACAGUGUGCUUAGAAUGUAUUCUUGUAUUGUGUCUGUUAGAUAGCGAGCUUGUGGCAAAAGAGAAUGUGGCGUUUAGGAUGUGGCGAUUAGAUGAAACUGACUCUUGGGUUCUCAGCGUUAGGAUCCAGUUGUACAGUAUGACUGUACAAUAUGUAUGUACAGUUUAUAUGUACAUUUUACACCUGUACAGUAUGUCUGUGUGUACAAUAGACGACUUAUUUGUGGAUUCUGUUAAUCAAAGCUUAAAACGCUGCUUUGACAAUCCCUGAUUUCCCACCAGACAACAUGUUUACAGCUUUACCUGUUCAGUGUGAAUUGGGUCAAAUGACAGGUGCAAUAAUCGAUAUACAUUUGGUGUUCAUUGUUUUUGCAGAGUGCAAUUUAUUCAAAGCCGUUUCUUUGAACAAUAUUUAAGUUAAAAAACGUUUGCCUUUUAACUAAAUUUUGUAAAUAUCAACAUUUUGUUUAACCAUAAGAAAAUUCAAGGAGAGGAAAAAAAUAAGUAUAAUGUAUACAUCGCUUUUUUUGAACAGCAUAGCCGAAUUUGGUUCAAAGAAAUGGCUAUUAUACGUUCGAGGUUAUUUAUGUGCAUGUUUUUCAACGCCCCCUUACGGAUUUUCUGUAGAAUGUGCAUCCCCUAGUGUAGAUUUCGCUAGAAGUUCGGAGCAGAAUUCCAUUAUACUGAGUGGCAUAGACGACCAAAAUCGAUAUUGUUGAUCAGGUCUCAGAAAAUCCGGAAAAAACGAGUCCGUCUGCUUCCCUUGCGAUCGAUAUUCUGCCAUCAUUAACAACGUACCCGCUCUAUUCGGUCCAUACCGCCAACUUAAUUAAGGAAGGCUAAUCCAUCAAUGUCCGGCGGGGAAAUAGGAUGUAAAAAAGAUUGAAAUUUCUUGAAUAGGUUUUCUCUCUCUCUGUUCGGACUAUACACCCAGUUUAAAAAUCGACUUUGUUUAUUACAGCAAAUUGACUUUUUAUUAUUCCGUCAUGAUUUCUACUUUUUCAUAAUCAGAACUUUGAGAAAGCUGUAGCUAUACUGGUAAUUCACUCUCUGUCCUUGGUAGUACAUGUAAUUGGACAUAUGUACACCUGACAAAAUGUAUCAUUCCUUGGUACUCCUGUACUUUUGUUGGACCGGACAUUGUCUAAUUUACUAUAAAAGAGAAAUAUCUGCAUGGGGGGUUAUUACUAAUUUUCUAAACAAAGAACACGCAUAAUUUUUAGCCUCGGGAGAUGUCAUGAAGAAGAAGAUAAACGCACUGCAUGAUACACUUCUAUAAUUAUAAUAAAUCCCACGCGGAUACUUUAAUUUGUGAUGCAGGAAUCACAUUUUUUUUUCGCGUCAUUAAAAUACCCAACCAGUAAAGUAAUACGAAGACUUAGAUCUAUUUGCUUGGCACAUCAAUGAUAUUACGCCAGUUUGAAAAUCUUCA